AUGGAGAGGAAACUUCCGACGGUUGUUACUAUUGGAGGAAGAAGAUAUGUUAAGAAUAAUCUUAAUAAGGGGGCUGGGGAUGGAAAGGUGAGAUUGAAGGAGGCAAUCAAAUCCCUUGGAAGGUUGGUCCAUAAGUCUCAGAUAUCUUAUUGCAGUAUUAAUACUAAGGAAAGACUACAAAUCUAUAGACUAGACGAUUCCAAAGUUAUUUUAAACAAGAAAAAUGGUGUUGUUGGGUUUAUUGUUACUGGAAAGGCACAGAACAUUGACAAGGGCAUAUAUCGGGAGCCAUCAAAUGUGGUGAAUAGCAAUGUAGAAGCCUCUGGGGAUGGCGCAGCCGAGGAGAGGGAGAAGUCUUAA